AUGUUAUCCAUAAGCCAGAAUCUUCCUUGGAUGUUUUUCCCUGAUAUCAUACCAAUUGGUCAUCCAAUCUUUGAUAUUAUCAACUCAACCAAUCUUGAGACAGAUUGGGACCUGAGGAUGGCAUGUCUUCUUUUAUAUGCAUUUGAUUGCAAUGAUAAUUUUUGGCAGCUGUAUGGCGACUUUUUACCUAGUGCUGAUGAGAGUACUAACUUUCUUCUUGCUAAAGAGGAGGACCUUUUAGAGUUACAGGACAAGCAACUUGCUUUCACAUUGAGAGAACAGCAACUAAGAGCUUUGGAAUUUUGGGAGAAAAAUUGGCACUCUGCUGCACCCCUUAAAAUAAAACGCCUUGCUCGAGAGCCAGAGAGAUUCAUGUGGGCAUUGAGUAUGGCACAAUCUCGAACCAUCAACAUGCAAAUACGAAUAGGGGCCCUAGUUCAAGAUACAAAUUUGCUUGUCCCUUAUGCUGAUAUGUUGAAUCAUUCUUUCCAGCCGAAUUGUUUCUUUCACUGGCGUUUCAGAGAUCGAAUGCUUGAGGUGAUGAUAAAUGCUGGGCAACGAAUAAAAAAAGGAGAUGAGAUGACUGUCAAUUACAUGGAUGGACAGAUGAAUGACAUUUUCAUGCGAAGAUAUGGAUUUUCGUCCUCGGUGAAUCCUUGGGAUGUUAUCCAGUUCUCCAGCAAUGCACGGGUUCAUUUGGAUUCUUUCUUAUCUGUCUUCAAUGUAUCUGGUCUUCCUGAGGAUUAUUAUCACAACAGUAAGGUAGCUCAUGGUGGGGAUAACUUUGUUGAUGGUGCGGUUAUUGCUGCUGCAAGAACUUUGCCCACUUGGUCAGACGGAGACGUCCCUCCCUUACCAAGCAUGGAAAGGAAAGCUGUGAAAGAGUUACAGGAGGAAUGCCAUCUAAUGCUUGCUGAAUAUUCUACAACUGCGGCUGAAGAUCAGCAAAUUCUAGAGUCCAAUCCUGAGGCUAGGAGGACCCUUGAAGCUGCAAUAAAGUAUAGGUUACACAGGAAAUUGUUCAUAGAGAAGGUUAUUCAGGCACUGGACGUUUACCAAGAACGGAUAUUAUUCUAA